AUGAUUCAUUCAAGUGAUAUGGAGAGCGCACAGAGCACAGCAAAAGCUUUUCACCGGAAUUACGGACUGCUGCCUCCAAAUUUCAUGUCCUACACCUACUCGUGGCGAGAUCCAUCUUUUUUCGCCGAUAGAGUGAAGUCAGCAGCUGAUUGGUUUGGAUCAAUUAUAGCUACGAAUAUAGUUGCUGAUCAAUUCAUGAAAGCAGCGCUAUCUCCCAUAGUGGAAGAAUUCUCAUUUUCUGAAUUCUGCCGAACCAGCACGUUUAGCUUCACCGAUAUGCCCGAACUUCUCUAUCCUCCAGCACCUCGAACGAAUGAUGUGAGCAAAGUUCUAAAGAAAUUUCUUCAUUGGCAGUACAGCCUUAAUUAUGUCUUUUUCCAGUAUUAUUCAUAUGGGUCCUAUUGCAAGGAGGGUAGAAUGUUAUCAAAGGAAUUUUACGAUUUUGUAUCCGAUCCUUCUUCAAAGGGAACAAUCAUCGUAGCGUUUGGCACUAUUGUACCAUGGGAUGCAGCUCCUCUCGACAAAUUGCAAGCUUUUGUCGAAGCACUAAAUAAUCUUAGUGAUUAUCGCAUCGUAUGGUCAUAUAAUGGAAGAUAUAUCAAUGUGAAAAGCCACAUAAAACUUUCCAAAUGGAUUCCACAGAAUGAAUUGCUGUUACAUAAGAAAACUGUGCUUUUCAUUAGUCAUGGAGGCCUCAAAAGCGUAAAAGAAGCCGCAUGUAGUGGGACACCUUCACUAUUUAUGCCCAUGUUUGCUGAACAGAUGAGAAAUGCUUGGUUGGCGAAAAACAAG